UAAUUCCUGGUUCUUAUGGUUAGUGUAAACAAGUUAUAUGUGAACUUCAGUUGUGUUAUCAAAACUGCUUUGGACGAUAUUUUAACACGACUAAAAGAAACUGUAGAGAUGUCAUUACUACCCUAUUUUCUACUCUGUGUGAUAUCUGUGCAAGGGUUACCACUUCAAAAUACGGAAGACAUACCAGAAAUCAAUAUUUAUCGAUUACACACAUUCGAUCCCGCUGGCUUCUCGAUCACGUGGGAACCAAUCAAAACGAGAAAUGAGAGCAACCCUAUUAUUGGAAUAAAAGUUAAGGUGUGGAAAACUCCAUGCGUAAUGUCCACCGUUUACAAAAUAACCGAUGGAAACUUAUCGAGGACUUCAAAAUAUGAUCCGCAGACAUUCAGCAUGGGCACAGUACCUAACGAGCUACCAGAAUACGUCGUCAUAGUGAGACCUGAGGAGGUGACAGCUUCAAUACCCCACAUCGACCGCGAGACCUGGUACCACAUCCGAGCGCUGGCCUUCACAGCCACGGCCGAGGGGAAGUACUCCAACCCCAUGGAUUUCAAGCUCAACUCAAAUGUUGAGGCUGACAAGAAGAACACAUGUGAAAACCUUAACUCGCAAUCUGUAUUUUCUGAAUAUUAAUUCAAUUGUGGUAUUUAGAAAAGGAGAUUUUAAAAGUUGUAUGUGUUUUAGUAAAACAAGGAACCCUUAUAGUUUCGAGACCAUGAGUCCGUCUGUCCAUUUGUCUGUUUGUAUGUCAAAGCUUCUUCCUUGACACUUGGAUGUAGGAAUGUGCAACAGCAUCUUAGCUUGCACCUUAUCGGAGCAAGCCAGGAAGCUCUGUUCAUUAGAUACUAUUUGCGGUCCAGUAAUUUUAUUCUUAAUAAUAUUAUACGUUAACAAUUGUCUGCAAUUAGUGAUUAAGUUUUAAUAUAAGUUAUUUGCUCAUGGGGGCGACAUAAUCACAAAGUGAUAAAACCCCGGCAA